AUGCGCCAGCGCCUAGCCCUCCGCCGAAUCCUCCUCCAGAGGCUCUUCCGGCUCCAGACCACACGGCCCUUCACGAGCAACACCUCCCUCACCUCGCGCAGCAGCAGACCACAGCUACCCUUCCUGUCGAUCCCCAUCACCUCACCGCGGCCCCGCGCCCGCUACUUCACCACGGAAAAGAAGCGAUUCCUGCGCUACGAGGGCCGCCUCUUCCUCCGCUACAAUGUCUCCAUUUGGGGCGGCGCCCUGUGCAUCCUCGGCAUCAUCUUCCUGCUCAACCAGGAGGGCCUGGAAAAGGAGCACCCGACGCCGCACGAGUGGUCCUAUCUGACGCGGAUGGGUGUACGCGGCGCCAAGAACGCCGCCAGGGACACCCCGAACCACAGCGUGAACUGGGUCGAAGUCAUCGUGUCGUGCAGGAGAGCGCUGGCCAGGCUGGAGAACCCAGAUAUCGAUGGCGCGGCGAUCCGGGAGCUGCUGGAUGAACCCCUGUCGAUUGACGGAAUCGGCAACGCGGGCAAGGACGUCUCGGCCAAGAGCGAGAACUGGAGGAGGGGCUAUUACGAGGUGCUGAUGCUUAUGGCGCAGGCGGCGGAGCAGCUGGACGGCUGGGUCAAGGACAGGACGAGGAACAUCAUCUUCCCGGCCGACGUCGUCCUGGGACCCUCCAACCCGCACCCGAAACCGAUCCCACCGGGCGCUGAGAGCGCGCCUAGGGAGGAGGACUGCGAGGUCGCCUACGAGCCCGCCGAGAACCACUACCUGCGCAUCCUCACGACAAAGGGCUUCACCAACCGCCAAAAGAUGGACGCCGCGCUGGCAUACGGUUCCUUCCUAGACUACAAGCAGAUGCCCGACGCUGCCGAGAGGAUGUAUCAGUGGGCACUGUCCCUAGCAACCGAGACCGCCCCCGGCAGCCCUCCCGUGGUCGAUCCCCGCACGUACACCAUCAACGACAAGACGACGCAGCCGUCCGAAAACGUGCUGACCGUUCUCACCUCCAUCGCGCUCCACAAGGCGCGCAACGACGACGUCACUGCCGCGCUCCCCAUCUUCAUCUCCAUCCUUCGCGCCCGCCGCGCCCUACCCCAAGUCGCCCUCCCCGGCCAAGAGCGUCCCACAGAGACGCCCGCGACGCUCUGGCAAAGGGUGUGGAACCUGGCGCAAGCGCCCCAGUACCCCUCACCGCCGGACGACGGCACCCGCCCGCCCUGGCGCCACCCGAAAGAAUUGUGCGAAGAGGCCGGCCUGAACCUCUACAUUGGCGAGAUCCUCUACGCCGCCGCCGCCGCAAAGGACUCCAAGAAGCCGGCAGCGAACCGCGACGAAGGGCUCGCGUGGACGCGCGACGCGGUCGACCUCGCCGAGGAGCAGCUCCGCAAGCUCGGCCCACUCGGCGGCGAUCAGGAGGCCCGGAAGACGUGCCGCGAGUGCUUGGGCACGGGACUGCAGAACUGGUCCGCCAUGGUGGCCAAGUUGGCCAAGGAGGAAGAGGCGAAGAACAAAGCCGCUCCCACGACAUCGGCGUUUGGGUUCUGGACCGAGACCAAGACGGAGGAGAGCAGGUGGGCGGCGGAGGAGAAGGUCGUCAAGGAGAGGAUACGGCGGACCAAGGAGUUGUUGGUGCAGGUUGAACCGCCUGUUGCUGGGUUGGCUUCAUUGCUUCAGGUGUAA